AUGACAUCGAAUAGUUUGAAUAAUUGGUUAGUGAAACCGAUAAUGGCACCUUCCACGUCUUUAGAUUCAUCACAUGCUUUAUCAGAAUCAAUAACAUCUCAUAGCACUAACACAAAAACUUCUUCAUCAGAAAGUCAUGUAACAAUCACAGAAACUACAACAAACACCACAACUUCUCGUGAUUUUUCUUCAUCGAUUGAAUCAACUCAAAAUAGUUUUUCAAAUCCCUCUAUGAUUAUGACCGAAAAGCCAAAACUUUCCAAAACAUUUGAUCAUAUGCACAGAGGAGGUAAACAUUUUGUUAGAUGUAUAAUAUGUCACAAAUUCCCAGAACUUGUCAAAAUGUAUUCUAAAAAAACUCAAGUUCCAAAGAUCUGUCAGGACUUAGGUGCCCAGUAA